AUGAUAUCUAAAUUUAUCCUUCUUGUCACCGUCCUCGCUCUAUGCCUCAUGGUAGUUCAAGGGUCACCCAUCAAAAUACCAUCUGCACCUACCACUAGAUCCACUGCAAAUGACAAAGCGACAAGGAACGAUCGACUGAGUAACGCACAGAGGAUUGCUAGAGGGUUACCAUUGAGAACUCCAGAAAGACUAUAUGAUCCGACUAGAGUCAAUCCUUUGAAAGCACGAGCUUCGUAA